GGAUUCAAGAUCGUCGAUGUUUUAUGAACGUUGUUUUGGUCUGUUCUGUUCGCCCUCUGGUUUGAAUGGAGAUGAGAGAAAUAUACUGCUGUAUUGAUUUCUACAGUUUGAUACAAAUACUGGUCUCAAUUGACUCUUGCAAACAGCCUUUUAUACGCGGAAUUAUGAUGCUGUUGAUGAAUUUGAAUUAUUCCAUUUCUUGAAUGUGCACCCUGGUAACGUUUCACGGAAGUGUAACGCAAAAAAAAAGGAUAUCUACGGAAAUUGAUUGACGAUAGCUAUAUGUUAUUUAGUCAGUUGGAUAACGUUAGUUUUGGAAAGUGACAUUAUUUUCCAGGAGAAAGUACAUCACUGGUAGGCACUAAUGUAAGUUAGAUGAGUUAGCUAUUUAGACAGUCAUUUAUACAAAAGCAACGUAACGAGCGUUACCCUGGCCUGAGCUGUUCAAUCACUGAGACCGACAGCUCUAGGCUAGCUAGCUAACGUUAGAUGGCGCAGCCGUCAACAAACGACGUUACCAGACAUUAGAUAGCCUACGACGUUACCAUAUUUUUCUGUUAGGCAUGCAUGUAACUUGAAAUAAACUACAAGAAGGGGUUCCCGCUGCUUUUUGGCGCUUCACACUGCCGACUUUGUCUGGUUCGAUAGACUAGUUAGUUAGCUAGCUACCUAGCUAGCUACCUUGGAUAGCAUGAGUAACUUGAAUAUCUCAUACAGUAAUCAAGGCAAAACGAUGGCAUCUCAAGGCGCGUGUCGCAGUGGGACAGGUGUCUUUUACCAAGCGAUGCCAGCUGUGGGAACUGAUGGGAGAAAUGUUAUGAAACUGAUCCCUGUUCAAAAAGUAAACGGACAGUUUGUUCGAUCACCAACAAGCACUAUGAAGGACAUCUCUGAACCUCAACGAGAUCUUACCUUGGACGUGCCAUCAAUUUCGAAGAUUAACAUGUCUACUCUGGGACCCACAGCUAGAGGACAAUCUGUGAAUAAAAGGUCAUUUUACAUGAGUACCUCUCAAAAUCCAACCAAUCUGACAGGAAUAUAUAAAUCAGUGAGCAUCCAGACUCCUAUAGUAACAACAAAAGUAGCCCAAAGUGCGUUAUCCUUGACAUCACCUGAGCUAACACUUUUGAAUAAGGAUCAGCUGCCAGUCACUGUGAAAUCUCCAGCGCUUCCAAAUGGACAAUACCUUCAAAUUCCUCCUAAUGCUCAAGUGAAAACCCUUCCAGCAUCCGCACUCCCCCCAGCCAUAAAGAGGCAGAUAUUUACUUCAUCAACGAGCUGUGCCUCAAAUUCGAAUUUGCCAAUGGUUCUUUAUGUGUCCCCUGUCCAAACCAUGAAACCGGGUGGUACUCCAUUAUGUCCAACAUUUCAGAAGGCACCCCUCUCCCUCAGCCGACUUCCAAGGCCAUCUGGCCAGACACAUUCUAAAUGCUCAUCAUCAGGCUCAACACCGUGUUCUACUACUGCUAAGGAUGGCAAAAGACCGGUCACUCCUAUUAAGUGGGUGAUUGAGGAGGCAGAUGGCUCACCUGCUCAAUGCCUUGUUCCCGUGAAUUCCUCUUCUAUGACCUCAGAUAUUUUGAAAACUCUGGCAGAGAUGGAAAAAGCCACCAAACCCUGUGAAAACACAGCAAAAAAGUGUUCACCUUCCCAAGAGAGUCAGACAAGAAUUGGCCAAGAGAAGGACAAUGCCUUAGUGAUGUACAAUGGGAAGGUGUAUUUUGUUGCCAAGAAAACCCCUGAGCUUUGUAACCGACCAUCAAAGCCCUUGGAGGCCAGUAGGAACAUGGGUGACUCCACCACACAGGCAGCAGAAAGUGUUGGAUUCAAUCAGAGAAUCAGCUUACCGCCCUCCCUACCCUUAAGCUCCUCACUUGGAUCACAAUUUUCAAAUAAAACCAGACCAGAUCCUAAACACAUUGUUAUACCAGAUGACAUCAUUGACCUCUGUGACGAUGAUCCCCAAGAUGACCUUGCAUAUCAGGCAAUAUCAACAAGGGACGUAACAAGGCAACCUUUCAGACAGUCUGAAGUCGAUGAGGAUGAAGACUCCAAUGUAAUAUUUGUCUCAUACCUUCCACCCAAAACAGUGUCUAAAGUAGCUGAAGAAGACAAGGAAAUGGCUCAUAUGCUGAAUGACUUGGAAGCUGAACAAGAAGUGUUAUGCAGUCAAGAUCAUUUGAAUGGCCAGAUAGUGGAUAAUCAGAACAAAGUAUCUGGCCUGUCAAUAGAAAAGUGUCAGAGCAUUGCCACUGCCCAAGACAUGGCAGGCUGUCAAGGUAGUGCAACAGGCCAAGAGUUGAACUCCCGCCAGCAUGACAUCACUGGUCAGUAUAGGAAAAUUCUUCAAAGAUUUCAUGGCCGUGCAACUGGAAUCCGAAUAGAGAACAUUCAAGGUAAUGCCACUAGCAAGGAAAUGGGAAGCAGUCAUCCCAGUUCCUCAACCCAAGAAAUGGGGAAUGUCCAGGAUGAUGCCACUGACCAGGGAAUUGGAAACAGCCAGCACCAUCCUGCCACGCAAGAAAUGGACAACAUUACUGGAAGUACCUCUCUACAAACAGAAAUGGAGACUCACAAAGAAAAGAGCUCAUCAGAUCCCAUCCCUGAGCAGCGGACUUCUGUGUUGGACAUGGAAUCCUUGGAAACUUGUGAUCGCCUGCUGAAACAGAUGUUUGGGAUCACAUCUGAUGUGAAAAUAUGUUUGGAGAGGAUUGACGCUAAACCCAAGGCUAUCCCUAAGGCGUUUCCUCGGAUUGGGACCACAAACAAACGUACCAUAGAGGCUAUUCGCAAAUUGUUACAGGGAUCAAACAUUUUGAUAAAAAAGAGGGAACACAAGGAAACAGAGGUCUCUGCAACUAGGAAGGAUGGUAGUUGCCCAAUAGAUGCUAAAAGACAGAAAAUAGAAAAAGUAAAAAAUGCAUCUGAAAGUUCAGAAAACACAGAGCCUCUCACCAGUCCAACUCCUCAGCUGGAAAAGCAGCCCCUCACCAAUCCAACUCCUCAGCUGGAAAAGCAGCCCCUCACCAAUCCAACUCCUCAGCUGGAAAAGCAGCCCCUCACCAGUCUAACUCCUCAGCUGGAAAAGCAGCCCCUCACCAGUCCAACUCCUCAGCUGAAAAAGCAGCCCCUCACCAGUCCAACUCCUCAGCUGGAAAAGCAGCCCCUCACCAGUCCAACUCCUCAGCUGGAAAAGCAGCCCCUCGCCAGUCCAACUCCUCAGCUGGAAAAGCAGCCCCUCACCAGUCCAACUCCUCAGCUGGAAAAGCAGCCCCUCACCAGUCCAAGUCCUCAGUUGAAAAUGCAGCCCCUCACCAGUCCAAGUCCUCAGUUGAAAAUGCAGCCCCUCGCCAGUCCAAGUCCUCCGAUGAAAAUGCAGCCCCUCGCCAGUCCAACUCCUCAGCUGGAAAAGCAGCCCCUCACCAGUCCAAGUCCUCAGUUGAAAAUGCAGCCCCUCGCCAGUCCAAGUCCUCAGUUGAAAAUGCAGCCCCUCGCCAGUCCAACUCCUCAGCUGGAAAAGCAGCCCCUCACCAGUCCAAGUCCUCAGUUGAAAAUGCAGACCCUCGCCAGUCCAAGUCCUCAGUUGAAAAUGCAGCCCCUCACCAGUCCAAGUCCUCAGCUAGACAUCUUAUCUGAUGCUGAACAUAUAUUUGGCUAUGAGGAACCGACUGUCAGUUAUCUAAUUUCCACUGCAGUUGAAACAGGGGUCCCUUCCAAACCUCUGCCAGAAAUCAAUUCAGUACAUAUUUCAAAAAGAAGCUCAAACUCACCCGUUCCAUCUGUCCACCCACAAACAAACGCUGAAGCUAUGGAUUGCGCUCCUGGGCCCUUCUGUGGCACAGCAAGCAACAUAAAGCCGAACUCUAGAAGAAGAAGGGGAAAAGGGAAAAGAUGCACAGCGUGUCCGUGUGGGGUGACUGGAACACUAGUACAAGAGAAAGCAAUGAGCUUAUCAUCCACUUCACAAGAGGAGCCUAGUUCAUCUAAACCACCAAACACCAGGUCCUCAGGGAGCAGUACCUUCGCAAUUGCAAAAUCAGCUAAACGAAAGGGUAGAAAGUCCACAAAGGCUCAAAUGGAAGAUAAAGAGCUAACAUCUGUGGAGAUCCAAUGUCCUUCAACUGUGAGUGAGCAGGGAAGUAGUACGGCUGGAGAGAUCCCAACCAGUUAUCUCUGCUCUACAGCACUCAUGGACCCUGAAGAAAUCAAGCGUCAUGAGAGAAUCAAACGACUGAAAGAACUCUUGAAGGAGAAGGAGGCUGCUCUUGCAAUGAUUAGAAAGAACAUGGGCUGAGUUGGACUGAAUUGCUUUCCAAAUUCCAAUGUGUUGCAUUGCAUAACUUCAGCCUUGUAGAACUCUUAUUUGAAUUGUCAUAUUUACAGUUAAUUCAGAAAGUAUUAUUCUAAAGCCGAUUAAAUAAAUAAAAAUCCUCAUCAAUCUACACACAGUACCCAAUAAUGACAAAGCGAAAACAUGUUUUUAGAAAUGUUUGCAAAUGUAGAAAAAUGAAAAGUAUUUAGAC